AUGACAGUGACAACAAGAAAUGCAUCAAUAGCACGAAAUAUUUGGAAAGCAUGGCGAUCAUCAGUCGGCGAAGGAUUUGCAGAUUAUUAUAAGAAAUUUAUUGAAUUAACCAACAAGGGUGCAGCAUUAAAUGGUUUCACCAGUGCUGGAUCAAUGUGGAGAAAUCAAUUCGAAAAUCGAUCCACUCGAAAAUCGAAUAACUCUGCCUCUGUCAAUGAAACUUUCGAUCUUUUAAAUGAAAUUCAACGGAUUUAUGAGCAGAUAUUACCCAUAACAAAACUUUUCCUUAAUAAUAUAUUCUCAAAGGAUUAUUGUAACAAUAUUCUUACAAAUAAAUGGCUGCAUGCUUUCGUGCGAUGGAAACUUGUUGCAAUAUAUGGCUUAGAAAAUGUCAAAGAGAUGAACAAAGAUGGACCAAUACCAUCGCAUUUGCUAAGUAAAAAAAUUCCGAGAAGUUUGACCGGUCAAAGGUGGACAGCACUCUAUCAAGAUGUAAAGCCUUUCAAUAAGGAUGAAAAUCUCUCGGAGCUAGUGUCAGAUGAACUUCGUAAGAAAAACUAUACGGCUAAAAAGCUAUUUACUCAAGCAUAUACAUUUUUCAAAAAACUCGGAUUCGGUAAACUUCCAAAAAAUUUUUGGACUGAUUCAGUUUUUGAGCGAUCUUGGUCAAAAGAUAUGCUUUGCAAUCCACCGAAUGCUUAUGACAUGAGAAAUGGUAUUGAUUAUAGAAUACGAGCAUGCGUUCAAAUAUCAGAAACAGAUUUCAAAUUGGCUCAUAAAUUGGUUGCUCACUUGUAUUACCAGUAUCUUUAUCGUGAUCAACCUAUAUCAUUCCAAGAUGCUCCAGAGGAAACAUUAUUAAUGGCCUUCGCUGAUGUCUUCGAAAUGCUUGCGGGUGAUACUGGUUAUUUAAUCACUCUGUGGUCGAAUUUCGAUAGCCGUUUAGAUCUUCUACCACCUAAAACUGCCCAGUUUGAAUCAUUGCAUAUUAAUCACCUUUUUAAUGAAGCUCUCAAAGAUUUCGUACAAUUGCCUUUCGACCUUGUGGCCGAUCUGUGGCGGUUUAAAAUUUUCGAUGGCAAAAUAUCUAUUAAGGAUAGCAAUGCGGAAUGGUGGAGAUUAAGUGAGUUUUAUCAAGGAAUUAAAAGAAUAGUAAUGCCAGAAAGCAAUGAUUUUGACGCGAUUGCUAUUCCAUCAAUUGCUCAAACCCAGUGGGUCACCACGCGUCAUUUCAUUUCUUAUAUAACAAAAUUUCAAAUUCGAAGGUCGAUCUGCUCGAAUAGCUUAAGAUUGAAUGAAGGUUGUCAAAUCGAUAAAAAGAAAGUAAACGUUAUGCGGAAUGUAAUGUCUCAAGGAUCUGCUAUAAACUGGCUUGAAGCUAUCAGGAGCAUUACAGGAUCAAAUGAACUCGAUGCCACUCCACUUCUUGAAUAUUAUGAACCGCUCAUUGUUUGGCUGAGUAAUACGAUCGAAGCUAAGGGAAUUUACGUUGGAUGGGAUGGACCUGGAAUUCCUUUCAUUGAGUCCGAAAUUCCUCAAAAAACUUCGAAUAAUUCCGAUUUAGAUUUAGAUCCACUGUUGGCUUCAGAUCAAGUAGCUUAUCCAGGCGAAAACUGUUCAGAUGGCCAGGAAUGCAUUCUUGAUUCAAUAUGUAUGAAUGGAUUGUGCGAAUGUAAACAAGGACUAUAUACAUUAAAAAUUGCUACCACACAUAACUGCGUAGUUGGCAAUCCUACAGAUGCUGGCUUUGGCGAAAUGCAAGGUGGACUGGUUAUUGGUUUAUUCCCGAAUGAUAAUGCAUCAUUAUCGACCCCCAACAUUACAUCUGAACCAGAACCAGAACCAAUAUCAAAAUUAAGUGCAAGGAAUUCAAUUUGGCAAAAAGUUUCAUUAAGGACUCCUUAUUAG